ACCCCCCGGUGCUCUACAUCAUGCUGGCUAAUGAAAAUUAUCAUUAAUGAAAAACAAUGAAGCUUGCCAUUUGAUUUUGAAUGAAAAAUAGUAUUUGAUUAGUAAAUCUUAUCAACAACACUUACCUGUCUCUAUGUAUGUAUAUACUUUGACGUGUAUUCUUAAACGAGUGAAAAUCAAAUGCCAGCGUCCAUACAAAGAGGCCAUUAGGAUAUUUCUUGCUGUCGAUCGAUGACAGCCAAAAAAAGUGGAAUCUCUAUAUAUUACAGUCUGUCAACAGAGAUGUCAAUCAGUUCCAAAUUCGCCCACGCUUGAAUAUUGGGGCACUGUGAAUAAACAACUACUGCUGGCCGAACUGAAAGGAAUUUUGCGGAGAGUUUAAUACAGUUGUACGCAGUGCACGCUUCUGAUAUCGAUUUCUACGUGAAGCGUGGUCGUGCAGACAUCGCAAGGUCUCGAAAGAUACAGGAAUAUUCAGUAGGUAAUUCUAAAGGGGUCUUGAGGCUUAUCACAGGAUGUGAAAUGUCUGCAGUUGUUCUAGUUCGCGGUUUGAAAAGUCAUUUUGUCUCGCAGCAGUUGGAGGAAAACGGCUACCAUACAAAGUCACCAGAUGACAAAAAACCAACCCGACUACACUUGGAACCAGACCCCAACAUGAACGCGACCAGCCAGGUGGCAAAAUUCGAACCAGAAUCGCCCCAGUCCCCGGGCGCGGACUCGCAGAUGUCGUUUAAUGUUUACGAGGCAAGACUUUCCGGUAGCGGAGAUUCUUGCCUGGGUGCGCUGCUUCCAAACAGUGCGAGCAAGAUAGGCUUCCUUCCAGAUCACCUCACCAAGGACGGCGGCAGGAUGGUGCCAGGAUAUUCAAGACGAAUCCGGCAACUGUCUGUGUGCUUGGUACUUUUCAUUGCGGUGUCUUUGGUAAUGGCUGGCUUGUUCGUGUGGAGAGUGAUUUAUUACGAUUCUGAGGACAAAGCUGAAGCAACGACUUUUAAUAACAAAGAGGAUCCGAAAACCUACUGUCCUGUCCGAGCGAAAGCAGUUCCUUUGAACAUUCUACCCAAAAGCAUUCAAGAUGCACUGACCGAAAUUGAGGAGCGGCUGAAGAAGGCAAACACUAAGGAUGAUACGGUCUCCAUCAUGGCUAACGUUGUGUACAUGGACAAAGUGAUUUGGGAACGUUCAUUUGGUAGAAUGAACAACUCGAACCCCACAGCGCCAAAACUCUCCAGUAGUACAGUGUUCCCUAUAGCAAGUGUUACCAAAGUUUUAACGGCGUUGAUGCUCUACAAGCUUUAUUACGAGAAGAAGGUUAAGUCGCUGGAUGAUCCAUUCACGAAGUAUAUGCCAAAGUUCUCAAUAAAAGAUCCGUUCAAUUCUUACGAGAUCGUCCUGAGGCAAAUGGUUACUCACAUGUCUGGAUUUCCAAGGGAGGCGCCAUGUUUAUCUCAGAAAGGACCGAUGCUUUGUCCAGAUAACAAUACUGUCAUGUUAGAGAGAAUAAGGAAUCUUACGCUUAUUGCUCAACCAGGCGAUAAAGUCAGUUACAGCAAUUUAGGUUUUGGACUUCUUGGUCAAGGACUGGCCUUCUCCCAAAACACUUCCUAUGAAGACUGGACGCGGAAAAACAUUUUUGAUCCACUAGAGAUGCAUGAUUCGGCAUUCAAGUUAACUCCUGAGUUAAGACGGAGAAUUCCCGUGGGGUAUCUGAAAAAGAAACCCCAGGAGCCGGUUGAAUGGGGCUGGGCAAACCCGGCGGGAGGAAUGUUCACCUCCCUAGCAGACAUCGCAAAGUUGGAAAUAAAACUUUUCGAUUCAAUGGAAGAAGAUGACUUUCUUUCGCCUGUUAUGACGGAAGAAUUUUUCUCUCCAGCCUACAUCCUGAAUGGCAAACAGUUCAUGGGAUCUCCCUGGGAGAUGUACCUUAUGAACGGUUACCUUGCAAGAACAAAAACAGGUUACAUGUACGGCUAUACAUCAAACAUCUGUUUGUUUCCUGAGCUGAAACUAGCUUUCAACAUCUUCAACACAGGAAGUUUAAAUGGUCUUUGUACGGAUUUAGCGAGCAAGCUUUUAACGGCAUUUCACGAGGAACUCAUAGCGAGGGAUAAGAAGAAAGAGCAUACAAUCUCAGAAGAGGAAGCAGCGCCAUAUUUAGGAGAGUUUUAUACGAAAGAUGUGCCCACAAUUCGCAGAGUGAUCAUAAAGCACCAAGAAGGACAAAUGCUUUUUUUCGUGGAUAAACUAGAGAAACUUCUUCUUAAUCGUCUCAGUGGAACAACUUUUGAACUUCUUGACCGGAGAAAGGUCAAAUGUAUAUUAAUAGUAGUAAUGGGAAUCAAUCACGAGAAAGUGCACUUUGACGCUCCUGGAAAUUCCACCGGUUGGAUUUCUCCCGGAUUCACAGUGUUUGGAUUUCAUCCGCGAGGCAAAGCCUACUUCUACAGAAAACAGUUAUGAGAUCAUUGUCUUGCUUUACCUGUCUCGCUGUGCGAAUUGUUCUCAGCAGUUAACUUUUUUUUUCUCUACGUUGUUCAGUUUCCAUGUUUGCACUGAACAAGGAUAAUAGUCAUCGCUAACAUGAACCUUAAACGAACUUCAAAGUUUUCAAAAACAAGCAUUUCAUUCCUUAUCCUAGAGAAAACUUUCUGUAGAAUCCUGACAGAAAAGAAAUAGCUUUAAAUGGAACUGGUAGCAAUGAACAGGUCUCGAAGCCCAUUAUCUUCUGUCGCGGGUUAAACGCCCGACAAGAAUUCAGUUUAAGCAGCUUUUAAGGCCCAGGUCAAACGUUGCACUUCACAUGAGACGAACUAAAUUGCAGUUUGAAUCGAUCCAAACGUGUAAAGCUCGACCGCUGGGUCAAACGUCGAACUUACAUCGAAUCUAGAUCUACAUUCAGUCGGACGAACUCAUUUGAGUCAAACGUCGAACUUAUGAUGAAUUUGAUGCUCUCAGUUUAGUUCGUCUCGUGUGAAGUUCGACGGUUGACCUGGGCCUAAGAUUGGUGAUGUAUGUUUAGUGAGAAACAUUUUUAGAUGGGCACAGUGCGAUGGUGGAGAAGUGAAGUCGAGUCGAGUCCAUUUUCGUGACGUGUUCUUGACCGCGAAAAAUGGCGCUUCACUCCACUCAGAUGUAAAAAUAUAUCGAUGCACCUCGUACUACUAGAGAAAAUUCAAAUAAUAUGUAAAUAUGUAUCGAAAAAAGCUAAUGUAUUAGAAAAUAUUGUUCAAUAUGCUGAGGAUAAGCUGCGAUGGACUAGCAGUCCAUCCACGAAUGUAAUAAACAUUUCCUAAAUAUCGUUAUCCAGACGGAGAGCCAAUCCCCUAAAAUUGUAGAAUGGAUGAAGAUCAGUUCAUCAAGAAUUUCAAUAAUAAUAAUAAUAAUAAUAAUAAUAAUAAUAGGUACUGUCAGACAUACCCGCUUUGUAGGUAUGGCUAACAUUUACAAUUACCCUUAAGAGGCACCACAUUGGUUGCAUCGAAUGCCUCGUGCACAGGUAUAAAUAUUCAUAUCAUUUUAUGCCUUUCUGUUUCCUUGUAAAACUUCUACGCUUUUAGAAUCUACCUCAUUAAACCAUGAAGUGUAAUGAAUGAAAUGUGAUAACUGAUAAAUGUGAAUUAGCCUUUCGAUGGAAAUGUUGUCAUAUGCUAGAAAACGUCUAGUAAGGUAGACUCCUUCACCAAAUCAACUAGGGGAUGGACCAUUGUUAUUUGAGUGGGGGUGGGAGAUGAGCAACUGUCUUAGGCAAGCCUUAGGUUGUGCAUACUUGUUUGGGAGGGGGUGGGGGUAGGGUAGGCAAUAGGUUGCGGAAGAAUGCUGUUUUAAAACAUCAAAUUAAUAUAGGAUCUGGUUAGUAGGAAGCACUUGCUGUACAAGAAUUGUUUUUUGGAGAAAAAAACCCAAAUGAUAAAUGUGACCCAAACCCCCCUCUUUCACCACCACCCUCAAAAAUAUAAUGGUCCGUCCCUAAGAACAUUCUCAUCAGUUUUAUUGAGAGUAGCCUGUGGUGCAGCCGGACGUGUCGCAACUGAAUCCUCGAUAUAGUGCGGUGGUGUAGCUUGUCUGUCACGCAGGGUAUAAUUUAAAGCAGUCCCUCCCAGAGCUUCAUACUACAGAACCCAGAAGAUAAGUAAGAGAAAAUACCGUUUAAGGAGGCAAUAAGCAACUUUGAGGGUACUUUCGAAAGUAAUUGUAGGCAUUGUUUUAGCGAAUGUCAUAAGAAAAUCGGUUUUUGCGAAUGUAUUAAAAUAGCGACAUUCUCUCCACUA